UUGAUUCAGAGAAGUAGUUUGUACAUUUGUUUGAUCAUCGCCUGGAUCCAUGAGAGCCUCUUUCAAUGUGACUAAUGCCGCUAGACCAGACACAAGAAGUGCAUCAACUUACCAUUUCAAUGGUAGGCUUGCUAGAGAAAUAAUACCCAGAGAAGCGAGGUCGUUGACGUCUGAAUUGAUAUCAGGAAAAAAAGGCAGCAAUGGAUAGCGGGUGGUCGUGGAUGCGAAAAAAAGAUACCAGUAAGUCGUUUCGGCUCGAUAGAUCAAUUCUAAAUAUUUUAUUCCUUGAAAUUUGUAACGAUUAGGCAAGCCUAGGACCUGCAAACCCAGUGUUUCGGGGCGUGUGCUACUUUCCUGUAAACGGACAGCCAGUCUUCCAUUCAACCUAACUCCUUCAAGGGAAGUGUGGGGCUCUGAUAUGCUUGACAAUGUAGGGCAGCCUUGUGAUUACACAUACGCGGUGAUUCGGUCCAUGUAUUGCUGGGUAUUGAGCUUUGAGUCAGUCUUCCAUUCAACCUAACUCCUUCAAGGGAAGUGUGGGGCUCUGGUAUGCUUGACAAUGUGGGGCAGCCUUGUGAUAACACAUACCUGGUGAUUCGGGCCAUGUACCACUUAGCAGUCUGCUAUGAGUCAGUCUUGCAUUCAACCUCACUCCUUCAAGGGAAGUGUGGGGCUCUGAUAUGCUUGACAAUGUGGGCCAGCCUUGUGAUUACACAUACCCGGUGAUUCGGACCGUGUACCACUUGGCAGUCAGCUAUGAGUCGGUCUUGCUCUCAACCUCAACCCUUCGAGGGAAGUGUGGGGCUCUGAUAUGAUUGACAAUGUAGGGCAGCCUCGUGAUCACAAACCCGGUGAUUCGGUCCAUGUAUUGCUGGGUAUUAAGCUUUGAGUCAGUCUUACAUUCAACCUCACUCCUUCAAGGGAAGUGUGGGGCUCUGUUUAUUUGGCUAUGUGGGGCAGCCUCGUGAUCACAAACCCGGUGAUUCGAGCCAUGUAUUACUUGGCUUUGAGCUAUGAUUCAGUCUUGCAUUCAACCUCACUCCUUCAAGGGAAGUGUGAGGCUCUGAUAUGCUUGACAAUGUGGGCCAGCCUUGUGAUUACACAUACCCGGUGAUUCGGGCCGUAUAUUACUUGGCAUUGAGCUAUGAGUCAGUCUUGCAUUCAACCUCACUCCUUCAAGGGAAGUGUGGGGCUCUGAUAUGCUUGACAAUGUGGGCCAGCCUUGUGAUUACACAUACCCGGUGAUUCGGACCGUGUACCACUUGGCAGUCAGCUAUGAGUCGGUCUUGCUCUCAACCUCAACCCUUCGAGGGAAGUGUGGGGCUCUGAUAUGAUUGACAAUGUAGGGCAGCCUCGUGAUCACAAACCCGGUGAUUCGGUCCAUGUAUUGCUGGGUAUUAAGCUUUGAGUCAGUCUUACAUUCAACCUCACUCCUUCAAGGGAAGUGUGGGGCUCUGUUUAUUUGGCUAUGUGGGGCAGCCUUGUGAUAACACAUACCCGGUGAUUUGGGCCGUGUACCACUUGGCAGUCUGCUAUGAGUCAAUCUUGCUCUCAACCUCACUCCUUCAAGGGAAGUGUGGGGCUCUGAUAUGCUUGACAAUGUGGUUCAGCCUUGCGAUUACACAUACCCUGUGAUUCGGGCCGUGUAUUGUUUGGCAUUGAGCUAUGAUUCACUCUUGCAUUCAACCUCACUCCUUCAAGGAAAGUGUGGGGCUCUGAUAUGCUUCACAAUGUGGUUCAGCCUUGCGAUUACACAUACCCGGUGAUUCGGGCCGUGUAUUAAUUGGCAUUGAGCUAUGAGUCACUCUUGCGUUCAACCUCACUCCUUCAAGGGAAGUGUGGUGCUCUGAUAUGCUUGACAAUGUGGGGCAGCCUUGUGAUCAGAUACCCGGUGAUUCGGGCUACGUAUUGCUUGGCAGUGAGCUGUGAGUUUUGCAUUCAACCUCACUCCUUCAAGGGAAGUGGGGGGCUCUGACAAGCUUGACAAUUAUGGGCAGCCUUGUGAUUACACAUACCCGCUGAUUCGGUGUGUCCGUUAUCUGACAAUGGAAUGAGUCUCCACUCGCAUUCAGCCUCAUUCCUAUAAUGUCUAUCUUGAGGUUCUCGUAUGCUUUGCAAUGUGGGGCAAUGUUGUGACACCGAACGCAGUGAUUCAAAAUUUCUGUGGACAUGGCAAGGAAUGAGCAGAGAGACGGAACUAACAGCAUCCAUUCCAUGGUUGUAUGUUACUUCAUGAUGGAUGAUGAGGUUUUAACGACAAUGGCCUUUGUCGCUCAUGUUGAGAAUGAGGUGUAAAUCCUCUGACAUUUUGAAGUGAAGGAUUAUGAGUACUAUCCCGAGCAAUCCUCGCACCUCAGUAGUGCACUUCAAUGAAAGUGGAGGGGCUCUGAUAUCCUUGAUAACGGGGUGAAGACUUGGGACUACAUACCCCGUGAUUCGUGGCGUCUGUUACUAGCAAAGAGCGACGAGUUAGACUUGCAUUUGAACUCAGUACUUCAAGGAAAGUGUGGUGCUCUGAUGUGCUUGACGUUGUCGGCAGCCUUGUGAUAACACAGACCCGGUGAUUCGGGCCGUUUAUUACUUGGAAUUGAGCUAUCACUCAGUCUUGCAUUCAACCUCACUCCUUCAAGGGAAGUGUGGGGCUCUGAUAUGCUUGACAAUGUGGGUCAGCCUUGCGAUUAAACAUUCUCCUUCAAGGGAAGUGUGGGGCUCUGAUAAGCUUGAAAAUGAGAGGCAGCCUUGUGAUCAGAUACCUGGUGAUUCGGGCUACGUAUUGCUUGGCAGUGAGCUAUGAGUUUUGCAUUCAACCUCACUCCUUCAAGGGAAGUGUGGGGCUCUGAUAUGCUUGACAAUGUGGGGCAGCCUUGUGAAAACACAUACCCGGUGAUUCGGGCCGUGUAUUCCUUGGCAGUGAGCUAUGAGUCAGUCUUCCAUUCAACCUCACUCCUCGAAGAGAAGUGUUGCCCGGUGAUGUGCUUGACCAUGUCGACUAACUGCACUGUUCGAAGUCUGAUGUCUUCAUAGACAUCUUCUUAUCCUGUGCUGAGUGAAGGCCAGUCUGCCAAUUCAACUUCAACAUUUAAGCUAUGCAACAAGAUCAGGGAGGAGAUGGCCAGUUGUUGAGCUUCGAACGGGCAGAAAGCUGUACAAAAAGAUCAGGGUGGCGAUGGUCAGUUCUUGAGCUUCGAACAGGCAAAAAGCUAUGCAACAAGAUCAGGAAGGAGAUGGCCAGUUGUUGAGCUUCGAACGGGCAGAAAGCUAUGCAACAAGAUCAGGGUGGCGAUGGUUAGUUCUUGAGCUUCGAACGGGCAGAAAGAUCAGGGUGGCGAUGGUCAGUUCUUGUGCUUCGAACUGGCAGAAAGCUAUGCAACAAGAUCAGGGAGGAGAUGGCCAGUUGUUGAGCUUCGAACGGGCAGAAAGCUAUGCAACAAGAUCAAGGUGUCGAUGGUCAGUUCUUGAACUUCGAACGGGCAGAAAGAUGAGGGUGGCGAUGGUCAGUUCUCGAGCUUCGAACUGGCAGAAAGCUGUACAAAAAGAUCAGGGCGGCGAUGGUCAGUUGUUGAGCUUCGAACAGGCAGAAAGCUGUGCAACAAGAUCAGGGUGUCGAUGGUGAGUUCUUGAGCUUCGAACGGGCAGAAAGCUAUGCAACAAGAUCAGGGUGGCGAUGGUCAGUUCUUGAGCUUCGAACUGGCAGAAAGCUAUGCAACAAGAUCAGGGAGGAGAUGGCCAGUUGUUGAGCUUCGAACGGGCAGAAAGCUGUACAAAAAGAUCAGGGCGGCGAUGGUCAGUUGUUGAGCUUCGAACAGGCAGAAAGCUAUGCAACAAGAUCAGGGUGGCGAUGGUCAGUUCUUAAGCUUCGAACGGGCAGAAAGCUAUGCAACAAGAUCAGGGUGUUGAUGGUCAGUUCUUGAGCUUCGAACGGGCAGAAAGCUGUACAAAAAGAUCAGGGCGGCGAUGGUCAGUUGUUGAGCUUCGAACAGGCAGAAAGCUGUGCAACAAGAUCAGGGUGUCGAUGGUCAGUUCUUGAGCUUCGAACGGGCAGAAAGCUAUGCAACAAGAUCAGGGUGGCGAUGGUCAGUUCUUGAGCUUCGAACUGGCAGAAAGCUAUGCAACAAGAUCAGGGAGGAGAUGGCCAGUUGUUGAGCUUCGAACGGGCAGAAAGCUGUACAAAAAGAUCAGGGCGGCGAUGGUCAGUUGUUGAGCUUCGAACAGGCAGAAAGCUAUGCAACAAGAUCAGGGUGGCGAUGGUCAGUUCUUAAGCUUCGAACGGGCAGAAAGCUAUGCAACAAGAUCAGGGUGUCGAUGGUCAGUUCUUGAGCUUCGAACGGGCAGAAAGCUAUGCAACAAGAUCAGGGUGGCGAUGGUCAGUUCUUGAGCUUCGAACUGGCAGAAAGCUAUGCAACAAGAUCAGGGAGGAGAUGGCCAGUUGUUGAGCUUCGAACGGGCAGAAAGCUGUACAAAAAGAUCAGGGCGGCGAUGGUCAGUUGUUGAGCUUCGAACAGGCAGAAAGCUAUGCAACAAGAUCAGGGUGGCGAUGGUCAGUUCUUAAGCUUCGAACGGGCAGAAAGCUAUGCAACAAGAUCAGGGUGUUGAUGGUCAGUUCUUGAGCUUCGAACGGGCAGAAAGCUAUACAAAAAGAUCAGGGUGGAGAUGGUUAGUUCUUGAGCUUCGAACAGGCAGAAAGCUAUGCAACAAGAUCAGGGUGGCGAUGGUCAGUUCUUGAGCUUCGAACUGGCCGAAAGCUAUACAACAAGAUCAGGGUGGCGAUGGUCAUUUCUUGAGCUUCGAACUGGCAGAAAGCUAUGCAACAAGAUCAGGGUGGCGAUGGUCAGUUCUUGAGCUUCGAACUGGCAGAAAGCUAUGCAAAAGGUUCAGGGUGGCUAUCGUCAGUUCUUGAGCUUCGAACGGGCAGAAAGCUAUGCAACAAGAUCAGGGUGGCGAUGGUCGGUUCUUGAGCUUCGAACGGGCAGGAAGGAGGAGGCCAGCUGAGACACUAUAGUUGUGAUGAUGAAAGUUGGGCAAUGAUGAAUACAAGCAAAAGGCUGUUCAAAGAAUUUCCAACUACAACCCUGCAGACCGGGAGCCAAAUGAACAGGACCUCGACCAGCUUCAAUUACAUCUGAACAUGUUUCUAUAAGGAAGAGUUGACAAGGUACCUGAACAUUACAAUGACUCUUACCAUCUUGAAAGAACACUCCGCACGCGCACACACGCGAACGGUUUUUUUUGCUUGUUGGCCCGCACACUGCUUGGCGUUUAGAAUAUACAUAUGCCUUGUUACUGUGCAGAUACAUUGUGUCUGGUAUAGCGAAAUAUGACCAGCACUUGAUUGUAUUGGGAUGAGUGGCCUUUUGGAUUAUAAUGGAACUUGGACUUCACUCCUAUGAAUCAGAUACUGCCAGGCUGCCAAGGAUGUGCACACUCGACUGCUUUGGUCACGGGACAAAAUCCGGUGGCCCGCACUCCACCGGAUUAUAUACUGCAUUGCAUAGCUGGUGCCAAUGUAGUGUCCUUUAUGUAUGGAGAUUUGUGAUGACCUUGGUGUAUGCUAUUUACUGUUGCUAACAUGCAAAAUUCCUACUCCGUCUAGACAAAGCCUUGUAAAUUUGAGUUUCCAACUUUUCGAUACCUCGGCCAAGAAAGAUUGCCAUGUCCAGCAUGGCGAGACAGAUAAGUGGAGAUAGAUUUUGUCAAAAUUUA